AGUGUAACAAAGCUUCAAUCCUUCUAGUGUUCUUUACUUUAAGAAAACACUCAGGAAACCAUGAAUUUUUAUGUUUGCGUUUUUGCAAUUUGCUACGUUGCAGUAGCACAGGCAAAACCAGGACAGUUCGAUUUCGUCUCUUCCGGCGGCGGAGGUGAUGGUUCUUCCGGAGGUGGCAGCGAUUACGGCGCCUCAUCUGGUUCCCAGCAACCGCAAAACUUUCAAUUAGUUGCAGUGCCGGAUGACUUCUCGUUGAACCUUCCAUCGUUUGAUAUUCAAGAGUUGGGAUCGUCGCAACAUGGAAAUGUUGGAGGUGAAUCAGUUAAAGUCACCAAAGUCAUCACCGUCAAAGAACCACAACCUUAUCCGGUUCACAUCCCACAACCAAUUCCCGUCCCUGUUCAUGUACCAAAACCAGUACCCGUUCCUGUAACCAAAAUUGUUCAAGUACCUAAACCAUAUCCAGUUGAAAUUGAAAAGAAAGUUCCAGUACCAAUUGAGGUACCAAAACCUUACCCAGUUUCUAGCAGCGGAGGAGGAAGUGGUGGUGGAUACGGUGUUCAUGAUCAAAGCGGUGGCUAUUCCAACAAUCAACCAUUGUACCAACCAAGCUCGAGUGACGAGAGGAAGUGAUAACAACGCCAUUUCUUGUUGUAAAUAGUAUAGAAAAAAUUGUUGAAUCUUUUUAAUUUUUUGUUGUUACCUUGACUGCUGUUCUGUCUGUUGUUGUGUUAUCGUCCUUUUUUAUUUUUUAAUACUGUGUUACUACAUGAGUAAAUAUACAUAAG